GAGAAAACAGGAAAAGCUGAAAGCACAGUGAGGGAGGGAGCGAAUAGUCACGCUGUCUUGAAGAAAAAGUGUCUCCUGCAACCAUAUCCCGUCUGUCAACACUCCCAGACAGACUCCGUACACCAGGAGCUCCCUGAAAGGAGAAAACCUGCCACAAGCGUUAGAAGUGCAUACACCGUGCUUUAGUUAUCUAGCAUCAUGUCAGCUAAAGCCAUCUCUGAGCAGACCGGGAAGGAAUUUCUUUACAAACACAUUUGCACUUCAGCCGCUGUACAGAACCGCUUUCGCUAUGCUAACGUGACGGCAGAAACCGACUGGAAGCGACUGGUUCAGGAUCACCCCUGGCUUCUGACGGAGCGGUUGGUUGUUAAGCCGGAUCAGCUGAUCAAGCGCAGAGGAAAGCUGGGUCUGGUGGGUGUGAACCUGGAUCUGGAGGGUGUGAAGAAAUGGCUCCAGAGCCGCCAUAUGAAGGAGACAACGGUGGGGAAGGCUAAAGGCAUCCUCAAAAACUUCCUGAUUGAACCCUUCGUAGCCCACAAGCAGGAGGAGGAGUUUUAUGUGUGUAUCUACGCCACACGAGAAGGAGAUUACAUGCUCUUCCAUCACGAGGGGGGUGUGGAUGUAGGAGACGUGGACUCUAAAGCCCUCAAACUCCUGCUGGGAGUGGAUGAGAAGAUCAGUGCGGACACGGUCAAGAGUCAGCUCCUCACACACGCUCCUGCAGAUAAGAAGGAGAUGUUGACUAGUUUCCUGGUGGGGUUGUUUAACAUGUAUGAAGACUUGUACUUUACAUACUUGGAGAUCAACCCUCUUGUGGUCACUAAGGAUGGAGUGUAUGUGCUGGACAUGGCUGCUAAAAUCGAUGCCACAGCCGAUUACUUGUGUAAAGCCAAGUGGGGUGAUGUGGAGUUUCCCCCUCCCUUCGGCAGAGAGGCCUAUCCUGAGGAGGCAUACAUAGCGGAUCUAGAUGCUAAGAGCGGCGCCAGCCUCAAGCUGACUCUCCUGAACCCUCGCGGACGGAUCUGGACGAUGGUGGCAGGGGGCGGAGCUUCUGUCGUCUACAGUGACACAAUCUGUGAUCUGGGCGGAGUUGAUGAACUGGCCAAUUACGGAGAGUAUUCGGGUGCUCCGAGUGAGCAACAAACAUACGACUACGCCAAGACCAUCCUCUCCCUCAUGACCCGUGAGAAACACCCAAAUGGUAAAGUCCUGAUCAUUGGAGGCAGCAUUGCCAACUUCACCAAUGUAGCUGCAACAUUCAAGGGUAUCGUCAGGGCUAUCAGAGAUUACCAGGUCCCUCUGAAAGAGCAUGAGGUCACUAUAUUUGUCCGUCGUGGCGGCCCGAACUACCAGGAAGGUUUAAGAGUGAUGGGAGAAGUUGGAAAGACCACUGGUAUCCCCAUUCAUGUAUUUGGGACUGAAACCCACAUGACUGCUAUAGUUGGAAUGGCACUAGGUCAUCGGCCAAUCGCCACACAGCCUCGUGUUGCCGCCCACACUGCUAACUUCCUUCUCAACACUAGCAGUGGUACCACAACUCCUGCCUCGUCCAGGUCUGCCUCUUUCUCUGAGGUCAAAACUGGAGCAGAAAACUCAUCAGCUCAAAAGACCCGUGCUGGACUUCCUCCAGCCAAAAGCACCACUCUGUUCAGUGACCACACCAAGUCUAUAGUGUGGGGGAUGCAGACGCGUGCAGUGCAGGGCAUGCUGGACUUCGAUUAUGUGUGCUCGCGUCAAGAGCCGUCAGUAGCAGCCAUGGUUUACCCCUUCACCAGUGGAGACCAUAAGCAGAAGUUUUAUUGGGGUCAUAAGGAGAUCCUGCUGCCGGUCUAUAAGAACAUGGCUGAUGCGAUGAAGAAACAUCCAGAAGUAGAUGUGCUGAUCAGUUUUGCCUCCCUGCGCUCUGCCUACGACAGCACCAUUGAGACCAUGCAGUACCCACAGAUCCGCACUAUAGCGAUCAUAGCUGAGGGGAUUCCAGAGGCUUUGACUCGCAAGAUCAUCAAAAUGGCAGAGGAGAAGGGAGUCACUAUCAUUGGUCCUGCAACGGUUGGCGGUAUUAAACCAGGCUGUUUUAAGAUCGGUAAUACGGGUGGGAUGCUGGAUAACAUCCUGGCGUCUAAGCUGUACAGGCCGGGCAGUGUGGCCUAUGUCUCCCGCUCUGGUGGGAUGUCCAACGAGCUCAAUAACAUCAUCUCACGCACUACAGACGGAGUUUAUGAAGGAGUUGCCAUCGGAGGAGACAGGUAUCCAGGCUCUGUCUUUAUGGAUCACGUGUUGAGGUAUCAGGACACACCCGGAGUCAAAAUGAUUGUUGUGCUCGGAGAGAUUGGAGGAAAUGACGAGUACAAGAUUUGCAAGGGCAUUAAAGAGGGCAGGAUCACCAAACCUGUGGUCUGCUGGUGCAUAGGAACCUGCGCCACCCUGUUCUCAUCUGAGGUCCAGUUUGGCCACGCCGGAGCUUGUGCUAACCAGGCGUCUGAGACUGCACUUGCUAAGAACAAAGCUCUGGAAGAAGCAGGAGCCUUUGUGCCCAAGAGCUUCGACGAGCUGGGAGACGUCAUCAAAUCUGUGUAUGAUAAUCUAGUAGCCCAGGGUGUGAUUGUGCCUGCUAAAGAGCUUCCUCCUCCCACGGUGCCGAUGGAUUACUCUUGGGCUCGAGAGCUGGGACUGAUCCGUAAACCGGCGUCCUUCAUGACGAGUAUCUGUGAUGAGAGAGGACAGGAGCUCAUUUAUGCAGGCAUGCCCAUUACUGAGGUCUUUAAGUCUGAGAUGGGGCUGGGCGGCACCCUCGGCCUGCUCUGGUUCCAGAGGAGGCUGCCGCGCUAUGCCUGUCAGUUCAUCGAGAUGUGUCUGAUGGUGACGGCGGAUCACGGUCCUGCUGUCUCUGGAGCUCAUAACACCAUAGUGUGUGCGCGGGCUGGAAAAGACCUGAUCUCCAGCCUGACCUCAGGACUCCUCACCAUUGGGGACCGUUUCGGAGGUGCCCUGGACGCAGCUGCGAAGCAGUUCAGCAAGGCGUUCGACAGUGGCAUGCUGCCUAUGGAGUUUGUCAAUAAAAUGAAGAAAGAUGGCAAACUCAUUAUGGGCAUCGGACACCGGGUGAAAUCGAUCAAUAAUCCUGACAUGCGGGUCCAGAUCCUCAAAGACUUUGUGAAGCAGCACUUCCCUGCCGCUCAGCUGCUGGACUACGCUCUGGAGGUGGAGAAGAUCACCACCUCAAAGAAACCAAACCUUAUCCUGAAUGUUGAUGGUUUCAUUGGAGUGGCAUUUGUGGAUCUUCUGAGAAACUGUGGUGGCUUUACUCGUGAUGAGGCCGAUGAGUUUGUGGAGAUUGGAGCACUGAAUGGAAUCUUUGUGUUGGGACGCAGCAUGGGGUUCAUAGGUCAUUAUCUGGACCAGAAGCGCUUGAAGCAGGGUUUGUACCGCCAUCCUUGGGAUGAUAUUUCUUAUGUACUUCCAGAACACAUGACCAUGUAAUGACAGAUUCCAGAUCUCACUAAACCUGUGCACUAUGGAAGUAAAAUAAGUUUUUAUGUAUGUGUAAAUGUCUACAUGCACUCCUCCAAAUGUGAGUGUUUGCGUUACAAUCUUCUUCUCUCUAGUGUUUGUGAUCUUGUGUAAGAGUGAGAGUUUUCUUCUGUAAACUGUAAUUGUAACCUGUGAAUAACCUAAAUUCCUAGUAUUGAUUGUGCAACGUCAUUUUAAAACUGUGAAAAAAUUCGAACACAUUCCAUUUUUCUGUAGUAAGCAUCUCAUGUACAGUAUAUCUAAAACACGAAGACCUGCUUGUCAUGUCAGUGUGCAUACAAAAGGGAAAUUAGAUAAGAAACUAAAAUGCCUGGUUGAUGUAAACUUCUCAGUGUCAUUUAUUUUUAGUGGUGGUGACCGCACACUGAACUUGUGAAAGAGCACUUAAAGAAUGUAAAUGUCAGACUUAUCUGUCCUGAUAGCUAGGCUGUGCUUUUUCAAUGUUAUUUUGAGUAGUAUCUUGUCAAAAGUGAGAUCCAUAAUUAACCCAGUGCAAUUAUCCACUGCGCAUAACAGUAUGCAGUAGCUUCAUGCAUGUCUUUAUAAGUCGUCUUAAAUGUCAAACCAACUAAUUUGCAGGAAAAAAAGAAAGUUGCUAUUUUUAUGAACUAAUAAAUAUAUAUAUAUAUAUUAUACAGAUCAAACAAGUAUUUUGGCCACCAGUGUUAUUUGUAAAUGUUCUGCAUGCCACAAAGUUCACAAUGUUUACAGUCCAUCUGUGCAGCUGUUCAGUGUCAGAUAUUUACUUCAAUGAUCUGGUUAAAAAUAACAUUUAUUCUAAAAAUGUAAUCUCUUUUUUUUUUUUUUUUUCAUUCAAUCCAUGCUCAGCUGUGAUGACCAUUAAACUGAAUUCUGUUUUAAAGCAGAUUC